UGUCACUGAUGCUACAGAUUCCUUGACUAUCACCUCCAUCGCCAUGCUCUCCAUUAUUGAUAUUCCUCUGGAAAUUCUUCUCGAUAAUUUACUUCCUCGACUUCCUUUAGUUGAUCUGCUUCAGCUUCAAUCCACGAACAAGUUCUUCGCGCAACUUUGUGGAGACGAGACGUUUUGGAAAAAGAAAUUAGCAGAAGAUUUCAACUUCCCCGAUGAAGGUACUGCCAGGAGGAGCGGGUGGAAAUUUAUAUAUCUACGAUUAACGAAACCUCGAGUUUUUGUUUGGGGUCGAAAGGAACAUGGCCGGCUCGGAAUGUCGGCAUUCCCAAAGUCCACGCUGAACAACGUAUCCUCUCCUUUAGAGCUCAAGUUUCCUGGUGCCCGAAUCGUGAACCUUGCUGCUGGAGGAAUGUCAUUUCAAGCUCUGGACUCUGAAGGUCGUAUUCACGUUUGGGGUGCAUUAGAUGGUUCACAACUUGCGCUAAAUCGAGAUGGAUUCUCGGAACCAGGCAAGAUAGCAAGUACUCCAUUAAGACUGCAGUUGCCGACCUCUAUUCGAAGCAUCAGUUGUGGAAGGCUACACUCUUCGUCGCUUGACUUCAACAAUCAGAUAUGGACCUUCUUGAGCUGGGGGAGGCCAUUCAGACUGGUUUCUGAUUUGUUGGGCACUCCAGAUUUUACACCAAUACAGGUGGAAUGCGGUUGGACCUUCUCCUCGGCCCUGAUGAAAUCUGGAGACAUUGUCGUUUGGUGGCCAUUUUCUGACCCUCUAAGGACAGUAAUAGAGACAAGGAUGGGUGAAAUGGAUAACGAAGAAGAAAACUCUGCCCACUCCACUAACGAUAGACUGAUCAUGUGUGCACCUUGGGAUUUGCAAACAGAUCCUGUCGUUUUACCUUCUUUGCCCUCUCUACCCAAGCUCUUCGGUGCGGAGCCUGACUCGGAUACCCCACGGGUCGUCAAAAUCGCAGGGUUUGAUAAUGCAAUGAUCGCCUUGACUAAUCAGGGGCACGUACUAUUGUUCGAUACCCUGCAAAGUGCUAGUGAAUCCUCUCUCGGUAGCUGGAAAUACCUUCCAAAUUUCAGCGAGGCAAGUAGACUCCUGAAUCACCAUGUAUUCUACAAUGCCGGAUUGAAGGUACCUCCAUCGGAUACCAAAAUAACUCAUAUCUCGGCCCAUUUUCGCACUUUCAUUGCCUAUUCGGAAUCCAUCGUGUUAAUGGGUGACACGGAGACCAACCCUGACACGCUACCAAAAAUCAUUCCUGGUUUGCAGGAUAAGUCCAUCAUUUCCGUGGUGCUGGGGGAUUAUCACUUCGCAGCUGUCACCGCGACCGGGAAGUUGCUUACUUGGGGUCAAUAUUCGGAUGGCGCACUGGGCCUAGGAGAUCCAGGAUCAUUACAAGCUGGAACUCCAGGCGGCUUCGCAAAUGAAACCCUCCGUGUGCGCGCGCUGGAGACUAGGCAUGGAACACCUCCCGACGUUGAGAUCCCAACCGAAGUGCGUUUUGAUAGUCACAGAAAGAAGCCCAAGGACCGUUUCUGUGUUUCCGCUGCCGCAUCAGGUUGGCAUACUGGUGCUCUCGUCAUCGAUUUAGAGACAAAUGAAAAUCAAGAUGACAGCGAUGUUGAGACCGAGAAGGAAACGGCGCAACCUUCUCGAAUGCGUCGACAUCAUGACGCUGGAGCAGGGCGAGGACAAUUUGAGACGCCUCCAAUAUUCCCCGGCGGUAUUCCCUCUCAGGACCCAGGUUUGCCUUUCAUAGGCCGUGGUGGGGGCAUAUUCAGGGUUGGGUUUGCUGGUAGAGGGAUUCCUAGAGGCCGAGGGUCAUAAGGUGGACUUAUUUGUCUCGAUACUGUAUAUUCACGUAUGGUACUAUGUUAAUGUUACCAUAUAGAACCAGAUUGAACCGGUUGAG